GGGCUAUUCUGAAGGAGGGGAGAAAGAGUGUGCGUGUGUUAGCAGUGAGAAGCGAUUGAAGAAGGGGAAAGGCAGAGAAAAAAAAAAAAGAAAAAAUUCAAAAAUGGUGGUGUAGAUGAGACAUUGAGAUUGGAGAGCUAGGGAGAGAGAGAGAGAGAGAGAGAGAGACUUAUUUUUGGGGAACCGAAAAGCGAGAAGUAAUAAAAGUAUAGCUUGUAUUGUGUUUUUUGCUGGGAAAAGAGGUGGGAGUGUGUGUGGGGGGGACUGCGGAGGAGGAGGGUAUGGCGGCGCACGUUAGCGUGAGCCGCGGCAUCGCUGGGGUUUUACUAGUGCUCUUCUUCUUGAUUUGCUGCUUAUCGUGCGCCGAAGGGGGGAGGCAGAGGAAGACGGACGUGCACCGCCAUCUGAAGCGUCUGAACAAACCUGCCGUCAAGACCAUCCAGAGCCCAGAUGGAGAUAUCAUAGACUGUGUGCAUGUCUCUCAACAGCCAGCCUUCGAUCACCCUUUCCUCAAAAACCACACUAUCCAGAUGAGGCCAUCUUUCCACCCAGAAGGACGCCUAUAUGAUCAGAACAAGGCUGCAUCAGAUCGAAAGGGCGAGCCCAUGCUCCAACUUUGGCAUCAGAAUGGGCGGUGCCCCGCGAACACCGUACCGAUUAGAAGAACGAGGAAAGAUGAUAUGCUAAGGGCGAGCUCUGUAAACAAGUACGGGCGGAAGAAGCACAAAAGCACCCCAAAUCCCCUAUCUGUGGAUCCUGACCUCUUGAAUGAGAGUGGUCACCAGCAUGCAAUAGCUUAUGUGGAGGGAGACAAGUACUAUGGAGCCAAAGCAACUAUUAAUGUUUGGGAACCAGACAUUGAGCAGGCCAAUGAGUUUAGCCUGUCUCAGCUUUGGAUCCUAGGGGGUUCCUUCGGACAAGACCUUAACAGCAUUGAAGCUGGUUGGCAGGUUAGCCCGGAUCUCUAUGGGGACAGUAACACAAGGCUCUUCACUUACUGGACCAGUGAUGCAUAUCAAGCAACAGGCUGUUACAACCUACUGUGCUCUGGAUUCAUUCAAAUAAACAGUGACAUUGCAAUGGGAGCAACCAUCUCCCCUAUCUCAUACUAUGGUGGCUCUCAAUAUGAUAUCAGCAUACUCGUCUGGAAGGAUCCAAAAGAAGGGAAUUGGUGGAUGCAAUUUGGGAAUGACUAUGUGUUGGGCUACUGGCCCUCCUUUCUAUUUUCCUACCUAGCAGACAGUGCCUCCAUGGUAGAGUGGGGGGGCGAGGUGGUGAACUCAGAGCCUGAUGGGGCCCACACCUCAACCCAGAUGGGCAGCGGGCGCUUCCCUGAGGAAGGGUUUGGCAAGGCUAGCUACUUCAGGAACAUCCAGACGGUUGAUAGCUCCAACAAUCUCAGGGCACCCAAAGGGGUGGGCACCUUCACUGAGCAAUCCAACUGCUAUGAUGUUCAGGUCGGGACCACUGGGGAUUGGGGGAGUUACUUUUACUAUGGGGGUCCUGGUAAAAACCCUAACUGUCCAUAGAGACUGCCACUGCCUAAUUGUUUAUUAUUAACCCCCUUUUUUUAAUUUUCUUUCUUUUAAUCCUACCUCCCCUUGUACUAUUAUUAUUCAUUAUUAUAUAUAAUAUAGCUACCCCCUUUGGUUUUUUUUUUUUUCUAUUUUCCCCUUUCCUAGUAGGCAGUGUGUUGAUGAGUGGAGCUCUUAGAGAUUUUGAUUUGGGUUCCUCUCUUUCUUUCUUUCUUUCUUUUCUGCCUUUUAUGUAACUUGGUGUCCAUGUAAGUGCUCAAGUUUCUGAAGAGAAACAGGCCUAGUAUGGUAGUCUCUCAUGUUUGACUGUGUUUCUUCUCCUCUGGCACCUUCUUUGAGGUAUUUAAUUUGAAGGAUCCAUGAUAUUACUGGUA